AAUUUAAUACUUACGAAAACAAUGUUGAAAGUAGUCAUUAUAAGUCUGGCCAUACUAUUGGCAUCAGCCAGCUCACCCUACAAAGACUGCGGACACGCUGAAAUUAAAACAUUGGAUAUUAGCAAAUGCUCAAAGUCACCAUGCGAAUUUCAUUUGGAUGAGCAAGUUACCACGGACAUUGAGUUUACAGCGAACCAGGAUACUACUAAACUAACAUUUGGCAUGACUGUUGAUUUGGGAUCAGGGCCAGUUGACAUCACCAAAUAUAUGCCUGAUUUUGAUAACAAUGGA